AUGACUUCGUUCUUACCAUGGAGUUGGACAAUCACUUCUACCGAUCCUUCACUGCAGCCUUGUCCAUCCGCCUCCUCGAUCUUAGCGACCUUUGCCGCUGUCAACGCUGUGGCCAGUGCCCUCGCUAUCAUAUUCGGCCAUCAAUCAGUUAUCAGCCGGAUAAGCUGCAAGAUGUGUGGGGGAGACUCCGGGUCGAAAGCAUGGCGAUACAUGUGGAUUGUCCCUCUUGGUCUACAGCUCGCUGCCAACGCAGUCAUAGCACUUCUGAUUAAGAGGACGGCAGGUUUCCGGGCCGACUUUGCCAUUUGGGAGCUUGUACUCUUCUUUGCUGCUCGGCCACGACUUUCCUGGAUAACCCUGGGUCUGUUCGCUGUCAAGUCUAGGAAGAAGUCUGGGACAAGAGAUUUUCCAUGGUGGCCAUCGUUCAUGUCACAGUUCGUCGCUGAGCUCAUACUACAAUUGAUCGCAUUAUAUAUCAUGGGUCGUACAGCACAUUUCGCUGCUAGUCGAGGCUUUUAUCUCGUCCACACCGAUCUAUAUCGCUCGUUGCCUUCAGGCGCACGUAUGAUGUAUUCAGGCGCGCUCUACUACCUCAUCGUGGGCACCUUCGCUUGGUUCUCAGCUUUUGGCUUGAUCAGCAAAGCUCGCUCGCCCACGCGCUUCGCGAAGGAAGCUUCCGAAGAGGGCGAUUCUACAGACACCAAUGCAAGCUCACCCAUGCUCAACUGGAAGGCGGGUUCUAAAGUAGCCACUGGUUCGGUCAUCACUGCUCUCAUUUUUUCUCUCACCUCCGUUUGGUUGGCUAGCUGGAUAUUCUGGGCUGGAUUUGUACGCUUAGCGGACGACUCGUGA